AUGGCAUUUCUGUAUGAAAAGCUUAUUGUUGAUGGAAAGGUGGAUUUCUAUGUGAUAGAGCUUGUAAAAAUUGCCUUUUAUUCUCUGCGCUCUCAAGGCAUUGACAGAAUGUCCAGUUUCAGCGGGAGCUCACACGGAGUGAAGAGAUGUUAUAGGCAAAAGAUAUCCCUGCAAAUGUAUCAGAUAAAUCAGACUGUGGUCACUGAGUUUAUCCUGCAAGGGUUUCCAGGCUCGGCUGAGUUGCAGAAGUAUCUCUUCGUCCCGAUUCUUUUUAUCUACCUCCUCACAAUCACUGGAAACAUCCUGAUCAUUGUCAUUGUUGCCCAUGAUCCUCAUCUCCAUAAUCCCAUGUACUUCUUUUUGGGGAAUUUUUCUUCCUUGGAGAUCUUCUACGUCACCACCUUGUCACCCAAGAUGUUGGCUCACUUUCUAGCAGAGAAAAAGUCCAUCUGUUUCUACUGUUGCAUCUCUCAAGCCUUUUUCCAUUUCUUCCUCGGGGCCACAGAAUUUUGCCUGCUCACUUCGAUGUCCUUUGACUGCUACAUUGCCAUCUGCAAACCAUUGUAUUACAACAGCAUCAUGAAUUUCAGACUUUGUCUCCAACUAGCCUUGGGCUCAUGGUUGGGAGGGUUAUUCACUGUCAUUGUCCAGAUGGUUUUACUAUGCCUGCUCCCGUUUUGUGGUCCCAAUAUGAUCAACCACUUCUACUGUGAUGUGACUCCCUUACUGAGUUUAGUUUGUGCUAAUACAUAUCUGCUUGAACAGAUGGUGUUACUGGGAUCAGUCCUUCUUCUGUUCAGUACCUUCCUAUUCACUGCAAUCUCAUAUAGCUUGAUCAUCUUCACCAUAAUGCACAUCUCUUCGUCUUCAGGGAGACAGAAGGCUUUCUCUACUUGUGUUGCCCACCUUACAGUUGUAUCCAUCCAGUAUGGAACUGUAAUGUUCAUGUACGUUAAGCCCAAUGCCAACUCUUCUUUGGAAAUAAACAAGGUGGUUUCUGUACUUAAUACCAUUGUAACCCCUCUGCUCAACCCUUUUAUCUACACUCUGAGGAACAAAGAUGUCAAAGAAGCUUUGAAGAAAAUGAUAUGUACUAAAGAUAAAAUGUUUCAUUGA